AUGUAUUCCCUUUAGAAAUUGGUGCCUAAUAAUAAAACUCAAAUCUAACCUGGAGCAUUCUCAAAACAUCAGAACUUAAAUAAGAGCGUUGAUGGCAUACUACCAGUUAAUUAAAAAUCAGCAUCAUAACUUUAAACUCAGAUCUCAAAUGUCAACAAAAAAGAAUCAAAGAGAUAGUUAAAUAAAAAAUAAGAACUAUUGUAAAUACUAGAAAAUGCAUAAGUUAAUCAGGGAUAAACCAAAUCUGUAUCACCAAACACGACACCACAAAAAUAGAAAAGUACCAGAAAAUUGAAUUUUAAUCUUAUUACAGAAUAAGAUGCUCACUUCCUCAAUUCUAGCAAUGCCAUGGCCAACAUGAUUAUUGAGAAUAUACUUAAUAAAGAUGAUUAUUAUGAGAAAAUUCGUUAAGAAAAUUAUGAUUUGAAGGAGUUAUCAAUAUAAUUGCAAUUAAGUCUUAAUGAUUUGAAAAAGAAGUAAUAAAUAUUGGAGUAAACUAAUAAAGACCUCAAUCAAAAUCUACAACAAGAACGCCAACUCUAUCAGAAUCAAUUGAUCAAUAUAAACGAUCAAAUUUAAUAGAUGAAAACAAUGAAAUUCACUCUUUAGAAUGAACAAAAGAAAACUGAAUCCCUAACUAAACAAUUGUAGGAUUAAAUUGCAAUCAAUAAUGGCUUGAAAUCGUUUAUUUGUGAUAAUUGUUUAAUCUGCAUAGAGUUCUUAUCCUUUUUCUAGAAAAUCGUGGAACACUUCCAACCCUAAUUGAUAUUUGCUUAUGAAUCUCUUAUCUAGUUGUCGAAGCAUUCAACUGCCUUUAUUUUGGAUUUCAUUUCAAAAACAUAAAAUCUCAAUUUGCCUGCCUUAAGGAAUUGUCUAUUACCAGAAGAAUUUGAUGUAAAUGGAUUCUUUAUGACUGUUGAAUCUCUAAAGUUUAAUUAAUCCUCAGAGUAAUCCUUUCGAAAUAAAAGCCACAAUGCUUCAAAACAUUAAAUUUUAACAACAAACAACACAUCCCCGCCUCAUGACUCUCCUAAACCUUUGAAAAAUGUAUCAUUGUAAGAACAAUUUAAUUAAUUUUUAAACAAUGGUGACACUUAAAUUGGUAGCCCUUAUUUUACAGACCUAGAAAUAACAGAUAAAUAAGGAAUUUUAAAUAAAGACAUGAAUUAAUUACCUUUACAAUUAAAUGCAGCUAAGAGAGUUACUUAAGAGACUAGUGAAAAUUCAUUUUAUUUUCAAUCAUUUAAAUAAACCAAUGAGGAUGAAACGACUCAGAUCGAUUAGUAAGUAUUAAGAGAAUAAGGCAAAUUAACUAAAAGAAAUAAGGAAAACUCGUAAGUUAAUUGCUAAUAUGUGAUUGCAAAGUAUGAUUAUAAAGCACAAAAAGUAAAGUUAUUUAGUCAUAUUGAUAGGAUAUAGAUUUAAGCUUUAAGAAAGGAGAUCAAAUUAAAUUGCUAAAGAAAACAACUAAUGGAUGGUGGUAUGGAGAAGAUAAGAAUUAACUUAAAGGAUAUUUUCCUCAUAAUUUUGUUCAAUCAAUAGGAUGA